AUGGCUGCAGGAUCCGAAAUUGAAAUGCACAGAGUGGGCUCUCGUGCCUCUUGUUCUCUCCAAAAAGCAACGUCUGCAUAUAACGCUGCCACAGGGCCUAAACUACACACUAUUCCAGAACAGACACAUAAUGCGCCGGAAUCCAAACACCCUCCACCAGAUGGUGGCCUGGUAGCCUGGCUACAAGUCCUCGCGGGCCACCUUGUCGUGUUUAAUACCUGGGGGUAUGCCAACAGCUUCGGCAUCUUCCAGGCCUACUACGCCUCAUCCCUCUCCCUACCAGCCUCCACCAUCUCUUGGAUCGGUAGUAUCCAGGUGUUUCUCAUAUUUCUUAUCGGCUCGGUCUCAGGGCGCGCAUUUGAUACAGGGUAUUACCGGCCAGUUUUGUGGAUCGGAUGUGCAAUGCAGAUAGUGGCCGUGUUUAUGACGAGCCUCUGCACAAAGUACUGGCAGAUCUUCCUUGUCCAGGGUGUGUGUCAGGGCCUGGGAAAUGGCCUCAUCUUCUGCCCAACCAUUGCGUCGGUGUCAACAUACUUCACCACGAAACGGACAAUCGCCAUCUCCACAGCUGCAAGCGGUGCUGCUACUGGGGGAAUUGUCUUUCCUAUCAUCGCGGAGAAGCUACUGCCUCAAAUCGGCUUUCCUUGGACUGUUCGGGUUAUGGGCUUCGUGGUGCUAGUAAAUGCAGCGAUCGUGGUUUCCAUCACCCGAACGCGACUCCUACCACGCAAGACGGGCAGAAUAGUCGAAUUGGCAGCCUUCAAGGAGCCACCAUAUCUACUUUUUACCGUCAGCAUGUUCUUCACGCUCUGGGCGACGUACUUUGCGUAUUACUAUGUUCGUUCAUACGCCCUCGAUAUCCUACAUGUAUCACAAGCAACAUCGUACAGUAUCCUUCUUAUCUUCAACGCUGUUGGGAUCCCAGGUCGCAUCAUUUCAGCCCUACUUGCAGAUCGAUACUUCGGUGCUAUUACGGUCCUUAUUCCGAUCAUCUUCCUAGCUGGUGUAUGCGUCUACAUAUGGCACUCAGUACAAUCUCUUGUAUCUGAUAUAGUCUGGAUUGUUUUCCUUGGAUUCUUUGGUGCUGGCAUUCAGGGUCUGUUUCCCUCGACUCUCGCUAGUCUCACGGAGGAUCUGAGUAAAAGCGGAACUAGAAUUGGUAUGGUAUUUACCAUUAUCAGCAUCCCAUGCUUGACCGGACCUCCGUUGGCGGUGGAAGCCACACUACAGACUCCGGGGAUCGUAGAGGUCGGCCAACCUUCACCUCCACCAGCCUACCGAAUUGAAAUCUUCACACAAAGCGAGCUUAUGAAGCAAGCAUUUCUCCCUGAGCUCUGGGACGUCAUCAACGUUAGCUACUUUGAUACCGGUGCCAGUUCUAUCGAAAAGAAAGGACCUCGGGUCAGAAGCCAUACCCAACUUGCCGAUGAACUCCAGGAAACUGGCAUCACAGCCAUCGCUUUCGCUCAAAACUCGAUCAUUGGCACUGCAAGCUUGAAAGUCUGGUCGCCAGAUUCUGAAGGCGCCCUAUGGAAAUCACCGGGUCAUUUUGACCAAUUCAGUGCUGAUGAGAUCUCCACCGCGAAAUCUGCUGUUCUUGAUAGCCUCCAAGGUGAAUCUCACGAUGUGUCCUGCCAGGGAGGAUUCGAAAUUGUAGCUGUUGCGAUCAUGCCUGAUCCUCGGUAUAGGAGGAAAGGCAUUGCUGAAAGCUUGGUCAAGGCUUGUGAAAAGGAAUUGAAAAGGAGGGUGUCUUCUGCGGGCUGGACUGAAUCGGCUCAGCCGUGCAUUAUGGCCAAGUGUAUUCGCGAGAUUCAAGGGGCUUAUUGGCUGAAAAGGGGCUUCCGCGUCGUGGGUGAACAAUACUGUCCUCCUUUGACCUGGAGUUACAACAAAGGAGAAGUAUUUUAUAUCUUACCAUCUUCUAUCAUGGCGGCCGAACAAGUUUUCAAUGGCAUCUCCAAUGAUAUUUCCGAUGAUAUUUUAGAUGGAAUCAAGGACAAGGUGGUUCUCAUUACUGGCGGCUCAUCAGGAAUCGGAAAAGCGACUGCAGAGUUAUGUCUUAAGCACGGUGCGAAUGUGAUCAUCGCCGACAUCAACUCUCUAGCGUCCGAUCUCGAGUCAGAGAAACUCAGGUUCAUAAAAACGGAUGUCUGCUCAUGGGAAAGCCAACGCGAUGCGUUUAUUCAGAUCGAAGAAUGGUUCGGUCGGAUUGACCACGUCUUCGCCAAUGCAGGCCUCGGACCAACAACGGAUUUCUUGGAUGAACGCCUUGAUGAAAAUGGACAACUUGCCCCUCCCGAUCUACGGACGAUCAAUGUCAAUCUUCUGGGUGUCAUCUCCACAGUUCGGCUGGCAACAUACUACAUCCAGAAGCACUCAGCACAUCGUGCAUCUGGUGAAAUUGGGAGUAUCGUGAUCACUGCGUCUGCGGCGGCGUUUCAGAACUUCAGUGCUGGUGAUUAUACGAUCACGAAGCAUGGUGUCCUGGGAAUUAUCCGCGGGAUAGGAUAUCAACUUGAGGGGAAGGUUCGACUCAAUGCUGUUGCGCCUUCUUGGACAGCAACUACCAUGAUUAAUGCUGCUUUUAUUGAGGGGCUUGGUGUUGGUGUUCAGGGACCGGAGGCUGUGGCUCGGGUUGUGGGCCUUCUUUUCAAUGAUCAGCAGCGCCAUGGGGAUGUUAUCUACAGUUGGGAUGGGAAAUAUCAGGAGGUAAACAAGGCAGAAGGGGGGUUGCUGGCGGCUGCGGAAGGGAUCCUUGUGUAUUCAGCUAAUGAGGAAUCUGUUAUGAGGAAGCUCAAAGAAGAGAAGAUGCUCCCUUAG